UCAAUGCGUAGUCUGAUACGGGCUUUACGGUUUACGUGGGACCGUGUCUCUCUUCGUCCUGGCAUCACGGCCUAACGGUUGUGUCAGCUGUUGGUAUGUUUGUUGUUUUCAAACCGAGUCACGCGACACUCGCGGUUCCUUGUUGCAAAAGUUGUUGCUGGAAGAGAAAUUGGAUGUUUGUGUGAAUACAUAUUUUAUUAUAUUCUUAAUAAUUGCGCAGCUAUGGAUAAAACCACUUUCCUUGAUAUUGACGAUUCUAUUGGGACGAAAAACUUAUUAUUACCUGAUGAGAACAGAGAUGCUUUGAAUCAGCGGAUGGACGAAUUGAUGAAACAAUUUGACAGGACACCAUCGAUUCUUGUGCAACCUAUUCCUGGUAUUUGUAUUAAGACUAGAUCAACUAAUAAGGAAAAGGUUUUCGUAAAUAUAUGUGUGACGGAUGUGAUUCCAUCGCCGGAAGAUAUAUCCGAUGCUAAAUUGUAUCAACUUUUAAAUGAUGAAGUACCUGCUUAUACCAUACCGAUGAGUAUUGGUGCUGAAAGGACGGAGGUGGAUAAAGCUGGCGUACCUUGUGCAACUUUCGAUGUCGUGAUCAAUUCAACUUACUUGAAGAAAUGUCAAAAGAGAAAACAUUUCAUGGCGUUUACAGUAUUGGUUGUAUUGAGUGGUGUAGCGGACAAAUUUGACAAAAAACUCGAUACAGAAAAUUAUGUUGUUCUUAAAAAUCGGACGGUAAUGGGUAAACUGCAGCAGCACAGGAUAGAGAAACGUGAGCCUAGAAAGCCGCAAGGUCGACCAUUGAUAGAGGAAAUGUCGCAUUCUACGAAACGUACUGACAAUGAGAUGUAUCCACAAAUUAGAAAUAUCGGUAAAAGAGAUUGUAUAAUUUUAAGAAAACCACUGAAAGGCCCGGUUGAGCGUUUAAUUGCUUUGUUUAAUAUGCCGAAAAGCGUUUCAAUUGAGGACGUAGAAGUAUUGAUUAAUUCUGAUCGCAUAAAUGUCACGGAUAAAAAAGCUUCCGAUAUGUACGACGUUUUACUGCCGUAUACGCUAAAGGCGAAUAACGCGAAAGCCUUUUUCGAUCGUAAUAUUUCGGUGAGAAUUUCUACUUUUUCUUUUUUUUUUUUUACAUUAGGAUACAUGUAGAAGUGUAUAUGCUCUUAUUUUCCAGGUUUUACGAGUAGAUAUAUUGAUGGAAGAAAAAUAAAAAAGGAGAUACAAGAAUACAAAAGAGUAAUUUCUCUUUUCCGUUUGCGCCUUUCCCGAUUCCAACAAAUUUUUAUCGAUUCCACAUUUUAUAAACGUGAUUCAAGUUUUAUCAUGUUUCCUGAUUCUAAAGCCUCUUAAUUUCUAAAGUUUCAGUGACGGUAUGUAUCAGCUAUUUAUUUGCUAAAUAUAUCUACGGAAA